AUGCGGGCCAUCUACCCGAAAGAAUGGCGGGUGGAGGAACGCAUAAAGAGGUCUUUCAGCCUACGUUUCUAUUUCCUCACGCUUUAUAUUCGCCUUCCCUUGGAGUAUCCCUCCGUAGCUCCAUCAACGUAUGCGUUGUCGGCUCCGGAGCUGAAGCCCAAGGAGAAAGGCGAAUUGGCCAUGAAGCUAGACCAGAUCUAUCUGUACGACCAGGACCGCUUCACGACUCCGGAUAUUGAGGCAGCAACCAAACUCUUGAAAGACAACAAGAUAUGGAGUGCUGUGGAACAUUAUAUCGACUAUUACCACGAACCUCUACGACAACCUUGGAGCCAUUGCUCUUACUGUGGAAGGAAGUUUUCGGGGAAUUCGGACACGGGGCCCUCGUCAGUCGGUUCAGGACGUCUAACCAUGAAAGUGGAUGGAGCUGUGGUGGUUGUGACACGCUGGUACGGCAUCCAACUGGGUCAAGACCGCUUCAAGCACUACAAUGGUGCUGCGAGGACCGUCCUGAAAGAUCUGGGCUCCGCAUGA